AUGGUGGGAUCUCGUUUGUGUGCAGCUUUGGCUCUUCCGGACCUUGCAGAGCAGUUUGCCCCUCCUGACAUUGCCCCGCCUCUUCUUAUCAAGCUGGUGGAAGCCAUUGAAAAAAAAGGUCUGGAAUGUUCAACUCUGUACAGAACACAGAGCUCCAGCAACCUGGCAGAAUUACGACAGCUUCUUGAUUGUGAUACGGCCUCUGUGGACUUGGAAAUGAUUGAUGUGCAAGUUUUAGCAGACGCUUUCAAACGCUAUCUCCUGGACUUACCAAAUCCUGUCAUUCCAGUAGUCGUUUACAGUGAAAUGAUUUCUUUAUCCCAAGAAGUACAAAGCCCCGAAGAAUAUAUCCAGCUGUUGAAGAAGCUCAUUAGGUCACCUAACAUACCUCAUCAGUAUUGGCUUACACUUCAGUAUUUGUUGAAACACUUUUUCAAGCUCUCUCAAGCCUCCAGCAAAAACCUCUUGAAUGCAAGAGUGCUCUCUGAAAUUUUCAGCCCUAUGCUUUUCAGAUUCCCAGCAGCCAGCUCUGAUAAUACUGAACACCUCAUAAAAGUUAUAGAAAUUUUAAUCUCCACUGAGUGGAAUGAACGACAGCCUGCACCAG